UUAUAUAUUGCCAUAUGUUCAGGCAGAUGGAAAGGUAUUUACUAUUUAGGGAUAGAGGGGUUUCUGCCCGUUUCACGGCCUGCCUACUCAGGAUUAACGGAAAGUUCCUAUAGACCCCACGGCCGAUGGUGGGCGCGAAAGGUGUGCCUGAGACCCUGA